AUGCGCUUCGUCGUUGCCUUCAACAGCGAGAUGAAAAAGAAGAUCCUGCGCGCUAAAACAGUAUACGCAUCGGGCGAGAAGAACCCAAAUGUAGCGUAUUACAUAUUCACGGCGCUCCUAGAGUCCGAUCUCCCCACCGCGGAACUGUCGACAAAGCGUCUCCAACACGAGACCAUCUCGGUCAUUGGUGCCGGUAUGGAGACGACCAUGUUUAUGCUGACGACGAGUUCCUAUCACUUGCUGGCGAACCCCGACCAGCUCCUCAGGCUCCGAGGCGAGCUUGCAGCCGCCAUACCUGACCCGCUUCACGUCCCAUCCCUCGAACCGCUCAUGCAGCUACCGUACCUAACUUACGUCCUCACCGUUGGUGCCGUCGUCAUCAUGGAUCACUACACAUCCUCUCAUGACCCGCACGUCUUUCCCGGCCCACAUGACUUCCGGCCCGGACACUAG